GGAAAAAGUUAUAAUUCUAUUGGCUGAUUUUUUGGAAUUUUUCUUUUUGAUUUAUUUUUUUCACUCCCUUCCGCGUCAUUGAAAACGCCGUCGUUUUCCUGAAUUUUUUUUUUCCAAUCGCGUGUCAAUUGAAGGGGGAGAUGGUAUCAAACCGAUGAAGACAGUCCGACCAGAUGAGUUUGGUUCUCCAUAUUCUAAAGACUCAAUCUUAUCCAUCGCGAACAGCAACGACAACCAGACGAGGUGAAGUUUGUCCUGACUCUCGAAAUUUAAAGUUUUUUUUGUUUUCUGAUUGGAUUCGACUUUUAAGAUAUGAGGGAAAAAAACUUUUACAUUUUGAAUCUGCGUAUCUAAUUGAUUGAUUAACAUUCUUGCUGUUGAGGUCUUGCUUCUCUUAAACAAGACCAUUGCCGCGACCAGAGAUGUAAUUCGCUCACUUUCUACUGAUGGAACAAGAAGAGGCACAUAUUGACAACAAACUUGCAUUCGACUUCAUUCUCUGGAGAAGGACUGUAAGAUUACCUUCUCCUUUAUAACUCAACAAGCAUUUGGAGAGUCCUCUCUUUCGAUUUUAAAUUUUGUUUUUUUGUUUCAUUCGCACGAUUUAGAGCUUUACAUUACUAAUUCCAAUAAUCUGUUGCAUCGCUAAUUGCAGAACGAUUAAGAGGUUCAAAUAACUAAUUUAGUCAGUCGGUAUCCGGUCUGUUGGUUUUAAGAUUUUCAAUUUUGGUCUUCUUAAUUAUGAGAAAAAAAUUGAAAAGCCUAUUUAGAAAGUCCAAAUAUAUUGUCGAUAGAUAUUAAGCCCAUAUGAGUAGAUAACUUGCUCAAGAUUGUAAACUAAUUUGCAUAUUAAUAACUUUUCUUAUUAUUCGAAUCAAUUGCUUGCGCCGGUUGUUAUCAUAUUUAUUACAUUACUUGCGCAAGUUAAAAUGAUAUUAUAUGCAAAUCAAUUUAUGACAAUACACAAUUAAUAUAUUUCUUUAAACUAUUUCAAUCUUUAUUAGGGGUCAUUAAUAGUAUAAAUAAAAUGGCUUAAUAUAUAUAUGAGAAACCCGAAUGCUUAAGGUACAAACAUUUAGCUCUUACAAGAACAAUGGCAAUGGUGCGUGCCAAAAAAAAUAUUGUUUCUUAUGUGCGAGAAUUAAAACCCCGUAAAGAUACGUCGCGUAUUGAAGUUAGGAUUGUUCGCUCGUGGAGAAACUAUAACAAAGAAUCAGGAAACACCAUUGAAAUGGUGGUUGUUGAUAAAGAAGGGACCAGAAUUCAUGCUUCAGUUGGUGAACAACUCAUCAAAAAAUUCGAUGACAAGCUACGCGAGGGAGAUGCGAUUGUCCUCCAGUUGUUCAAAGUGUACGAUGCUACUGGUGAAUACCGUACGACGCCACAUCCUUACAAAAUUGGCUUCUUUCACACAACAUUUGUUGGAAUAGCUGAUGAUUUUCCAACUGCAGUUCCCGAAAAGUAUUUCGCGGACUUCUCUGAUAUUCUUGGUGGAAAUCUAGAUCAUAGCUGUUUGGUUGGUGAGUUAGUUUCUUACUCAGUUAAAGAGUCUUUCACUUUGUAUAUACUUGUUUCUGAUUUUAGUCUUAUUUUUGUAAUGUAGACGUGGUUGGCCAAAUAGUUAACUUCGGGUCUCUGGAAAACAAAAUAAUAAAAGGAAAGGACAACAUGAGGCUCUUGGUUGAGUUGCGUGACCCAAAGUAAGACCCGGUUUUAAACCUUAUUUAUUUUUUGCUAGAAAAUCUCUAUUAACUGGACCUUAACUUAAGUUUAUAUUAUAUAGUAAUGUGAAGAUGAUGUGUACUCUAUGGGGUUGUUAUGCUAAACAAGUAUACGAUUACAGUAGGAGUAACAUGUCCACCAUGAUUAUUUGUGUGAUCAGAUUCCGUUCUGUUAAAGAGUGGAAAGGUAAAUUAUAUUCUUCCGGUUUGUGUAAAAUGUUACUGAGCAUAACAUAUUAAUAAGCUUAAU